UUUAAGAAAAGAAAUAACAGCUUAAAACCUGCUAUUUUCCUCUUCCUCAUCCCUCUCACGAAACCCCAGGAGGAAGGAAGAUGAGUCUAAUAGCAGGCUCUUAUGAGCGCUUCUUAUGGGGAUUCAAGCUGAAAUCCCAAAAGCACCCUCAAUCUUUCUCUCUAAACCCGCUCUUCUCCUUUCCCGGUCACCUCUCCCCAAUUAAGUGCGCCGCCGUAUCUGGUUCGGCCGCAGUGACAGGAGGCUCCGACGACACCAUCAAAAUCUAUGACCUCUCAACUUCUUCUGAAAUCGGCUCUCUCCACUACUCCUCCAGCAUCACCUCCCUCUGCUUCUUCACCCCGCCUUCCUCCGCCCUCGCCCUCCCACGGAACCUCAUUGCCGCCGCGGAUGACGGCGCCGUCAUCAUCUACGAUGCGGACCCUUUCGUUCAUUUGAAAACUGUCAAGAGUGUGCAUAAAAAGGGGGUGAAUGAUCUCUCUGUUCACCCUUCCGGGACGUUAGCGCUGUCCGUUGGGAGAGAUGAGUGCUUGGCUAUGGUGAAUUUGCUGAGAGGACGGAGGAGUUUUUGUUGCAGACUGGGAAAAGAAGCUUCCAUAGUUAGGUUUAGCGGGAGUGGGGAGAAAUUUUUUAUGGUUUUGGAUGAUAAAAUUAAUAUCCACGAGUCAGAGGACGCGAAGAUAGUUGCUGAAUUGGAUAUCAAGAAAAGGGUUCUUUGUGCUGCUCCUGGAGCAGAUGGGAUUCUGUUUACUGGUGGAGAGGAUAGGAAUAUUACCGCUUGGGAUACAAAUUCGGGAAAAGUUGCAUAUAGCAUUGAAGAUGCACAUUCAGCCCGUGUGAAAGGUAUUGUUGUGCUUUCCCACAGUAGAGGUCCUGCUCCUGGGGAUGAACCGUAUCUAGUAGCAUCUGCUUCGUCUGACGGGGUUAUUCGUGUUUGGGAUGUUCGCAUGGCUUACCGGGGGCGACCAGAUCCACUGGCUGAGGCUAAAACAAAGUCCAGGCUGACUUGCCUUGCUGGAUCAUCUUUCCGAACAAAACGAUCACAGAUUGGAAACACAACACUUGGUAAUAACCAGGAGAUGCUAGAUAGAGAGUCAUGACACUGCCUUUUGGCUGAAGGAUGUAGUAAAGACCUUGACUAUAUUUUUUUUCGGCAUGUGUCUCUUUAUAUAUGUUUUCACUGAGAUGUAAUUGCUGCAGUUUUGACUGCUUAAAUAUAUGUUGUGCUGGUAAUGGUAAAAUGUGUAUUUUUCUAAAACUUUCUUCCUCAUGUACGUUCUUCCCUUCCGUUGUACCUGUAGUUAAUUGGUAAGUUGGUUUAUUCUUUCUGUUGUUCUAAACAUACCAUAAACAAGUCUUGAAGGCAAAUCCUGCUGUUUUCUAUC